AUGAGAAGAGAUCCUUGGUAUUUGAAUCUAAACGAUAAAGAGCUAAAUCAGAAAUUCAGUUGUAUUCAACAAGAAGAGGAUAAAAGACUUCGAGAGGUAGCAAGAGAACAUGACCAGCAAUCAAAAUGGUCAUUGGGAGCAAGCGUUAAAGAAAUAAACGAUUUUCGGAACAGAUAUAUUAAUAUUAUGCCAUAUGAAAAGAAUAGAGUACAUUUAAAUGUGACAAAAGGUAAUGAUUAUAUCAAUGCGUCCUAUGUAAACGUUGAUAUAUCACAACAAUCCAUCUCUAGUGGGCAUUAUAUUGCAACACAAGGUCCAACCAGGAAUACAUGGGGUCAAUUUUGGCAAAUGUGUUAUCAUGAAUGUCAUAGCAACAAUAUAGUAAUUGUUAUGGUGACACCUUUGAUAGAAAAAAGUAGGGAAAAAUGUUUCCCUUAUUGGCCAAUGGGAUUUGAAUACCAUGAUACUAAAAGAUAUGUGUCUUAUAAACAGUGUCCUUCUGGCUAUGAAGAAGAUCUGAGUAUCUUUAAGCAAUCCUUAGAAGUUAAAUAUGAAAGUGCAAAACGGUUUGACGAUCAAUACACCUUAACUAUAUUGAAAUUGAUACCUAAGAAUGAAGACAACACACAGAAACAUGAGUUACCUGUCAAAACAGUAUAUCAUUUUUAUUUUGAUCAGUGGGAAGAUAUGAAAAAACCUCAGGAAAUAAUCCCAAUUAUGAAGCUUUCUCAGCAUUCCCACAGAUUUAUCUCAGGCGAGGACCCAAUAAUUGUGCAUUGUUCUGCUGGAGUUGGUAGGUCUGGAACUUUUAUUGCACUAGACCAUUUAAUACAUAAUACAGUUGAUUUUUCUGAGAAAACUAACAAUGAUCUACUGAAAUCCACCAAAUCCCAAUACGAUAAAGAUUUAAUUGAACAAAUAGUCCUACAGUUAAGAUCACAAAGAAUGAAGAUGGUUCAACUUAGUGAUCAAUAUAGGUUUAUCUACCAUGCUGCUCGUUACUUGCAUAAUAUGGAGAGUCACUGA